UGAAGGUGAAGAUGAUUCGCGCCGCGUCAGGUCGGAUGAAAAUAAGUUCGAUUCUGUGCGGGCUGCACAGGACUAAACCAAUAGAUAGACGGGAUCCGCUCGCUAAAAGUACAGGGAGUCUAGGGAAGACUUUCGCUCAUGAUUUGCAGAUCAUGACUGUGAGAGGAGUUCGCACAGAAUUUACCCAGAAAGUUCCAGGACACAGGCCCACAAAAUUUGACAGAAUGAUUCUUCUCUGGUCUGGUCGUUUCAAGAACGAGGAGGACAUUCCUGCCAUAGUUUCAUUUCAAAUGCUGAAUGCAGCAAGAAACAGGGCUCGAAUAAAGACCUGCUACAUCAUGAUUGGUUUGACCAUUUUGGGCUGUUUUGCCAUGAUUGCAUCUGGAAAACAGGCUGCUAAACGGCACGAAUCACUUGCCAGCUGGAAUCGAGCAAAAAAGGCAAAAUGGAAAGAAGAAGCUCGACGUGAGCAGGAAGCUUCAAUGGCUAUUUCUGCUGCUAAAUCCAAAUAAUCUUGUAAAAAGAAACUGUAAAGCAGAUUGAAGUUCUUUCUCAAUUCCAAGGUAGAAACUGGCAGCAGAGGUGAUUAACUCAAAUUUAUAACCCAGAUCUAUAUACGCUAGCCAUAUUUAAUUACACUAUUGCAUUAUGCCCCAAAAAAUUCCUAAUCCACAGGAGCAAAUUACUUUUGAUAGUCAUUUUUUCCUUCCACGUAUGGUGUUAAAUUUAUCUACCCUCAACACUUGCAAAUCUUUAAAAGAACCCUUCACUAAUAUACUGUCCAUAAAUUGAAUGGUCUUUAACCAUGGGAGUAGACCAUGGACCUACCAGUUAAAAUUAUUUUUUAAGUCUAGAAAAAUCUAAGAAAAUAACAGUAGGAUUAAUUGAGAAUAAAUAAAGCAUAUGUAGAUAGUAACAACAAAUGCAAAUGCCAAGGAAAAACAAGUUUUCAUUGUAUAGCAAACCUUGCAAUUUGAGCACAUAACCUAUGAGGACAUAAUGAGCACACAGCCCUCAGGAAGGGAGUGCUCCGUAAUUAAGUCCUUUAAGGUGAGAUGUUAAAAAAUGACAGAAUUAAGGUGGUCCCAUGGUACCACUUAAAGAGCAAGAAAUUCCCCAUAUUCCAGUUAACAUUCCUUUCCUGAAUCACCAAAAGCAGAUCAACUGUUUAUUUUGUAUGUUGUUUGGGAGGUGUAUCCAAAUAAUUGGCUGUUUGUAUAAAGACUGCAUUUAAUUUGCCAUAUAGUCAAAAUAAUUGAUAGCCAAAGAAUUUGAUAGAGACAUUAUACAAGGGCUUUUCAGAGACUACAAGGUAGGCAACCUGUUGCAAAUGUAAGUUCAAUAGGAUCAGAAUUAAUCCCUUUUUUUUCCCAAAAAUAUAUGCAUUAGAAUUAGUGCUUAUAUCACAAGUCAAAAAUAAAUAUCUUUUGGCUUUUCCACACCUAAUU